UUUAUCAUUGGCUGAGGAAGGUAUUGCGCGGCGCGUUUCAGCCAAUCAGAGCAUUGUUUUCCUCGUUCGUAUGAGCAUUUGGCUUCAGCCAAAUGGCGCACGGAAGGACAAAUUAUAAACAAGUACGCGGAACUGGGAAACACGAGGCCUUAUUACACGGCUAAGUAGGAAAAUUUUACAUUUUAAUAGCAGCAGUGCUGUCAGCGCGGAGAAAACUAACACUUUUGAUAGUUAGCAUAUAGCCGAGGUAGGCCUGUAAACUCAAGGUAACUCCGCAGAGGAGAAUUGCUAUGCAAACGGGUUAGCUAGCUAUCGAGUUAGUUGAUUAGCUUAGCCCAUCGGUAAGCUCACCCAUAUCAGUGAGUCAAAUACGUAAGUUUACAAUAACAAGUGUUCGCUGCUGAAUAGAACAUGAGUAAAGCGCCGGACAGCAGCAACAAGCCGUCCGAAUGCAAUAAGAAGAGAAGCGCGAGCCCGAGACUGCAGGGGGAGGAGGAGGAUGACUCCCCGCUGUCCAAACGACCCAGAGUGGCCGAGGAGGAAGAUGGAGAGAGUCAUACGCGUGAACGCGCUGAACAGGACGGGGUUCGAUUAAAGCACAAAAAUGGCGCAUCGGAGACCAGCGGUGCACCUGAAAGUACAAAGAGGACAGAAAGAAUGAGUGAAAGUAAACGGAAGAACGGAGAUGGAGGCGCAGAGUCGUCCGAAGGCCAGAAAGCGCGCUCUGAUUGCGCAACUAUAGUCGCUGCAGAAACACUCGCGAGUCUCACCAGAGGCGGGGAAGUAGCUGCUGAAGCGCCUUGUUCAUCCAAGCAAGCUCUCGGUGAAAGCACGGCCAGUAAUCAGAGCCGUGCCGACCUGGAGCGGAGCGGACGCGCAGAGGACAGAGGCUCUGUAUCUGCAAGUGCCGGAGUAGAGGCGCGGGUGCGCGCACGCCGCGCAGAUGAGGAGGAGGAAGAGGACGACGAUGAUGAUGAGGAGGAGGACUCCCUCCCCGGGUCGUCCUUGACAGCCAGCUCGUCCGAUGACGACGACGACGAUCAGGAACGCGAGGAGUGCGCCAUAGUGUCGGAGCAGAUGGCCCCCGAGCUACGACGCUCCGUCGCGCUCCUGGCGCACGUGCAGAUGCGCCUGGAUGCGUUGGAGAAGAAGGGCGCGCGCCUGCACCGGCGCCUCGAGCUCAGCCUUGGUCGGCAGCGGCGUCCUCACCUCGAGCAGCGCGCCGCCAUCGCGCAGAGCAUCCCGGGAUUCUGGCUCACCGCCCUUCUCAACCACCCACACCUGUCAGCACAAAUUGAUGAAAAUGAUGAAGAUGCUCUAAGCUACAUGAUCAAUUUAGAGAUCGAGACUUUCAAAAACAACAAACUUGGCUACCGGAUUUGCUUUAAUUUCCGUCGGAACCCGUUUUUUCAGAACAAAGUCAUAGUAAAAGAGCUUCAUCUUGGAAUGGGAGGAUCCCCAGUUUCUUUCUCAACACCAAUUGUUUGGCACCAUGGACAGUCCUUGACAAGAAAUGGAGGACCAAGGCGGAAUUCAAGAGGCAUUUACGAGAGCUUCUUCCACUGGUUUGAUGACCACAGUAGUCCUGGGAUGGAUGAAAUAGCACAGAUCCUGAAGGAUGACCUGUACAAAGACCCUCUUAGGUAUUACCUGACACCACUGUGGGAGCCAAGAGAAAAUGGCGGCACAUCCAAACCAGCCCAAGACAGUAACGGAGAUGAGUGUGUGAUCAUAUCGGAUUCGGAUGAUGACCAGGAACUGGUCAGCCAGGACCGACAAAAAGAACUAGAAGAUCAGGAUGAUGAUGAUGAUGUUGAAGAAGAAGGUGAAGUCACAGGUGCAGCUGACAGUGAUGAAGAAGGGAUGGAAUCUUCCACUGAGGAGAGGCAAGAAGAGGAAGUAGAUAUAGAGGAAGUUGAUGAGUUGUGUCACUCAGCCAGCAGCGAAGUCAGAGAGCUGGCCCAGGAAGAGGAUGAAGAAAAUAUUGAAGUGAAUGAGGAUGAGGAAAACUAACUUCAGUAUGCAGAUAAAGUUUAGUGUUAUUCCUCAAUCAAAUAAUGGACUCAUUAGGGCAUUGUUAUUGUAAGUAAAUGUACCAUGUCUGAUCAAUCCAAAAUCAUGUCCAUUAUUAAAGAGGUAGCAAAAAAUAAAAACGAUUCUGGUUGUAAUACAAGAUAAUCCAAGAUGAUGUCAUUUAUAUUGUGCUCUAAGGAACAGGAUGUAGAUAUAAAAACUAGAAAGUUUAUGUUAACAUGGCAGGAAGCAAUUCAUAUGUACAAUCUUUACAGCAUACUUUUUUUUUUAAUUGCAUGGUAAUUUUUAGUGGGCCAGACACUUACUUUAACUGUGACCAGUUAAAAGUUCCUGGUAGCCCACAGCAACGUUUCUGCUUGUUUUUUCAUGAUGCAUGCAUAUAUGUAUUUUUUUGCUAUGCAUAAGGAUUUAUAUGACCAAUACCACAAAAUCUAAACCCUUUAACCAAAUUUGUUGGUUGUGAGUUUGUAAUUUCUUUAAAAAAAUGUUUGUGGUAAUCAUUCUUGAAGGGUGUGUUCUAGAUAAAUAUGAACUAGAUGCACUUAGUUCUGAACCAAAACUGGACCACUCAGGGAUGUUUAUUACAGUGGAUUUGUGUUUUUAUUGAAUAUAAUAGGAUUUGUUACUUUGCUCUGAUUUGUUAAUAGUUAUAAAUGCAUUUACAUAACUAUAAAACAUUUUUUGUAAGAAUAAGCAGAAACACUUCUGCCACAAUGAAAAACCUUUUCUGUGCAUGGUAGGAAACUUGGUCUCUUGUUUGUACUAUAUGGCAGCUUUCUUUAUAAUAAUGGCACUCAAAUAGAUGGCAGCACACUGUAAAUACAUGUGCAUCAACUUGCUAUAAGCAGUCACAGGCUGCAAUUAAUAAUUAUAGUUUUUUAUUUUUUGACAUGAAAAUAAAUCAAAACUCAUUAGA